AUUAAAUCCCCCCAUCUACCUCUAUUCAUUACCCCAAUUCUCAGCCUUUAAAUCUCCCCACCCCCCCUCCCCUCCCCCCCAAUAGUAAUAACCCUUUCUCUCUCUCUCCAAAAACUUCUAUACUCUCUCUCUCUCUCUCUCUCUCUCUCUCUCUCUCUCUCUCUAAAAAUGCCGCAAAUACUGCCGGACUUCUCCGCGUCCGUGAAGCUCAAGUACGUAAAACUGGGCUACCAGUACCUCGUAAACCACAUUCUGACCUUCUUGCUGAUUCCGGUGAUGGCCGGAAUCCUGAUCGAAGUCCUCCGAAUGGGACCGCAGGAGAUCGUGGGCGUCGUGAAAUCGCUCGGCUUGGACACAGUCCAAAUCCUCUGCUCGUCGUUCCUGAUCGUGUUCGUUUCCACCGUCUACUUCAUGUCCAAGCCCCGGUCGAUCUACCUCGUCGACUACGCGUGCUACAAGCCCCCCGUCACGUGCCGCGUCCCCUUCGCCACCUUCAUGGAGCACUCCAGGUUAAUCCUCAAGGACAGUCCCAAAAGCGUGGACUUCCAAAUGCGAAUCCUGGAACGCUCCGGCCUCGGCGAGGAAACCUGCCUUCCCCCGGCCAUCCACUACAUCCCCCCCACCCCCACCAUGGCCUCCGCCCGGGGCGAGGCCGAGGUCGUCAUCUUCUCCGCCCUCGACUCCCUCUUCCAGAAAACCAACCUCAAGCCCAAAGACAUCGACAUCCUCAUCGUCAACUGCAGCCUCUUCUCCCCCACCCCCUCCCUCUCCGCCAUGAUUGUCAACAAGUACAAGCUCCGCAGCAACAUCAAGAGCUUCAACUUGUCCGGCAUGGGGUGCAGCGCGGGGGUCGUCUCCAUCGACCUGGCCCGGGACCUGCUCCAGGUCGUCCCGAACUCCAACGCGGUCGUGGUGAGCACGGAGAUCAUCACGCCGAACUACUACCAGGGGGACGAGAGGGCGAUGCUGCUGCCGAACUGUUUGUUCAGGAUGGGUGGCGCCGCGAUCCUGCUGUCGAACAAGAGGAGGGAGAAGGGGCGGGCCAAGUAUAAGUUGGUUCACGUGGUGAGGACGCAUAAAGGGUCGGACGAUAAGGCGUACAAGUGUGUGUUUGAGGAAGAAGAUGAUCAGGGGAAGGUCGGAAUCCGGCUCUCCAAGGAUCUCAUGGUAAUUGCCGGUGAAGCCUUGAAAUCCAACAUCACCACAAUGGGACCGUUGGUCCUCCCGGCAUCCGAGCAACUCCUCUUCCUCUUCACCCUCAUCGGCCGCAAGAUCUUCAACCUCAAAUGGAAACCCUACAUCCCCGAUUUCAAACAAGCGUUCGACCACUUCUGCAUCCACGCCGGCGGCAGGGCCGUUAUCGACGAGCUCCAGAAAAACCUCCAGUUGUCGGCGGAGCACGUGGAGGCGUCCAGGAUGGCUCUCCACCGAUUCGGAAACACCUCGUCGUCUUCGUUGUGGUACGAGCUGAACUACAUCGAGGCGAAAGGGAGGAUGAAGAAAGGGGACCGGGUCUGGCAGAUCGCGUUCGGGAGCGGGUUUAAGUGUAACUCCGCUGUCUGGAAGUGUAACCGGACCGUUAGAACACCGAGCGACGGGCCGUGGCAAGACUGCAUUGAUAAGUAUCCAGUCCACAUUCCAGAAAUCGUCAAGCUCUAGAUAGAUAUACAUAGUAGUAUAAAUGUGCAUUGUGGUUGUUGAUUUUUGCUUUGUUUCACGUUUAUUUUUUGUCAAAUGUUUCUGCAAAAGAUCUGCAUUGCAUUUAAGUGUACUUCUAGCUAGCUAGAGUGCUGUGUCAUAAAAAGAAGUGUAAAUUUUCUCUGCUUUUUGUUGUUGUUGUUGUUUUGUGUUUCAUGAGAUCACAAUCAAGCCCUGUGUAUGAUUUGAACAAUAAAGUUAGCUUAUAAAUGAAGAUAUACUAAUCAUUUCUGUUGUCAA